UCUCACGGUUUGACUAGUACAGGCAUGUUACCGCUACCGCUCUUGACUCUGUCAACGCCAACCUACGCUAUAAAACGCCUCCCGUUCCAUUUAUCCAACCACGCAACGGAUACGUACGCAAAAAUCGAUCGCAGAUUGCAAAGAUGACGCGCUCCGGCAAGCUUACAUCGCCUGUAGUCCUCCUAGUCCUGCUCUCAGUGCUCUGCGUAGCGGCGAUCAGCGUGGCGGCUGACGUGGACAAGUACAGCUUCCCGGCCUUCGACGCCAACACGACCGACGCCCUCGUGGCGGCCACCAACAGGUCCGUCCUCCAGCCGGCCCAGCUCCUCUUCCGGGGCGACCAGUUCUUCCCCGAGGUCAACGCGUCCGAGGGAUUCUUGCUGCUCGCGGCCACGGUCGACGUCUGGAGCUCCGGCUCCGGCGCCGACGACUCCGCGGGUAGCGUUGGGCCUAGGAUCGUGACCGGGCCGGUGCGGCCGGCCCGCGAGGCGUCCUUCAACACGAGCUUCACGGUGGGGAUUAGCUCGUCCGCGUCCCCCGUCUCGUUCGUCAUCCUCCCCGACAGGUACCCGACGUUCAACAACCCGGUGGGCCUCCGCGGCGCCAACGGCUCGGCCCAGGCCACGGGCGCCGAGCCCAACGCCACCGACGGCCUCGUCCAUGUCCAGGUCGGCGCGGUGAGGUCGUACGAGCCGGAGUCUCCCGACGUCGGCCUCAACGUCACCAUCACGCCCAACACCACGGCGGCAGCAGUAGCGCAAUCCGCCCCCGGCAGCCGCCGCGCCGUGUGGAUCGAGUACGACGCCGCAGACCACCGGCUAAGGGUGUACCUGGGCGCCGGCGGCGGGGAGUCGAGGCCGCCCAGAGCGCUCCUCGAGGAGCCCCUCAACCUCGCGGCCAGCACCACGCGGGACGCGCUGGUCGGUUUCUUCGCCGGCGCCGUCCGCGAUGCCAUCGUCGGCGUUCGUGACUGGGACCUCACGGUCGACAGGCUUGACGACGGCGAUGGCAAGAAGGGCACGUCGUGGGUGGUCAUACUCGUAUCUGUGCUCGGGUCGCUCGCGGCUACGGCCGCUAUCGUGUCUCUCGUGGUUUGCUGCUUGGUGUCGAGGCGCCGCUGCCGGAACCCAAGCGAUAGUUAGUCUAUGCAAUGUCUGACCCAUGCCCACGUCUCUAUUGUGCUUACAACUUUGAAUUAAAUCCAAAACAUUUUUCUA